GGCCGGCGCGGAUGGCGGGCGGCGCGGGCUGGGCGGGCGCCCCCGCGGCUCUGCUGCGCUCCGUGCGCCGCCUGCGCGAGGUGUUCGAGGUGUGCGGCCGCGACCCCGACGGCUUCCUGCGCGUGGAGCGCGUGGCGGCGCUCGGCCUGCGCUUCGGCCAAGGCGAAGAGGUGGAGAAACUUGUCAAGUACUUGGAUCCCCACGACCUGGGCAGGAUCAACUUCAAGGACUUUUGCCGGGGGGUGUUCGCCAUGAAAGGGUGCGAGGAGCUGCUGAAGGACGUGCUGUCCGUGGAGAGCACCGGCACGCUGCCCUGCGCGCCUGAGAUCCCUGACUGCGUGGAGGAGGACAGUGAGAUCUCAACCCCCAGCUUCGCUGAUGGCGAGUUCAUCCCCACGGAGUCCGGCUUCUUCCCCGAGGACGAGGAGGAGGCGAUGACACUGGCCUCUCCUGAGGGCCCGCAGGAGUCAGACAUGGACAGCCCCAUGGAGAGCACCCAGGGCCUGGAGGGCUCCAUCAGACAUGCCAGUGCGGAGGAGAAGGCCCGGGCGCUUGGUGGCCUGUUUCUGCCCGAUGACAAGUCUCUAAUGCAUGCCCCUUCUGUGACGACGUCGGACUUGUCCACACACUCCACUGCCUCCCUCAUCAGCAACGAGGAGCAGUUUGAAGACUACGGAGAGGCCGAUGACGUGGACUGUGCUCCUAGCAGCCCCUGCCCGGACGAUGAGACCAGAACCAACGUCUACUCGGACCUGGGCUCGUCCGUGUCUUCCAGCGCGGGUCAGACCCCCAGGAAGAUGCGGCACGCCUACAAUAGUGAGCUGCUCGACGUGUACUGUGCCCAGUGCUGCAAGAAGAUCAACCUGCUCAACGACCUGGAAGCCCGGCUCAAAAGCCUCAAAGCCAAUAGCCCCAACCGCAAGAUCUCCAGCACGGCUUUCGGACGGCAGCUCCUGCACAACAGCAACUUCAGCAGCAGCAACGGCAGCACCGAGGACUUGUUUCGGGACAGCAUUGACUCCUGCGACAAUGACAUCACGGAGAAGGUGAGCUUCCUGGAAAAAAAGGUGACGGAGCUGGAGAAUGACAGCCUGGCCAAUGGCGACCUGAAGAGCAAGCUGAGGCAGGAGAACACGCAGCUGGUACACAGGGUACACGAGCUGGAGGAGAUGGUGAAGGACCAGGAGACCACGGCCGCCCAGGCGCUGGAGGAGGAGGCCCGGAGACACCGCGAGGCCUGCAGCAAGCUGGAGCGGGAGAAGAGCACGGAGCUGGAGCUGCUGCACAGCAGGGUGCAGCAGCUGGAGGAAGAGAACACGGAGCUUCGAACGACGGUGACUCGGCUCAAGUCGCAGACGGAGAAGCUGGACGAGGAGCGGCAGCGCAUGUCCGACCGGCUGGAGGACACCAGCCUACGGCUCAAGGAUGAGAUGGACCUGUAUAAGCGCAUGAUGGACAAGCUGCGGCAGAACCGCCUCGAGUUCCAGAAGGAGCGUGAAGCCACCCAGGAGCUCAUUGAAGACCUGCGGAAGGAGCUGGAGCACCUGCAGAUGUACAAGCUGGACUGCGAGCGGCCAGGUCGCGGCCGCAGCUCAUCCGGCGUAGGCGAGUUCAAUGCCAGGGCCCGCGAGGUGGAGCUGGAGCAUGAGGUCAAGCGGCUGAAGCAGGAGAAUCACAAGCUGCGGGAUCAGAACGACGACCUGAACGGCCAGAUCCUGAGCCUCAGCCUCUACGAAGCCAAGAACCUGUUUGCCACGCAGACCAAAGCGCAGUCCCUGGCGGCAGAGAUCGACACUGCCUCCCGCGACGAGGUAGCCGGCCCCGCCGUGCCGGGUCUGCUCGCAGGCGGCGCCAGCAGAGGGUCCGCCAGCGCAGGUUUUGCGCUCAUGGAAGCCCUAAAGGAGCAGGAGGAGAUCAAUUUCCGGCUGCGGCAGUACAUGGACAAGAUCAUCCUGGCCAUCCUGGACCACAAUCCCUCCAUCCUGGAGAUCAAGCACUGAGCCCCGGGGGUGGGCUGCAGGGCAGACCCCAGACCCUGGGCCGCGGGCGCAGACGGGCCACUCACCCGCACCCCGUCAAUGCAUCCGUGCCCACCACGUGUCCCACGUGCCAGUGUCUGUGUGCACGCGCCAGGUGUGAGUGGGGCCGUGGUUGGGGGUGACCCGUCCAUGCACUUUAGCCUCUUGGGUUGGGGCAGUAGGAACUGGAAAGGGAAGGGGCAAGGGCCGCUCCUGGGAGUGCCUGUGAGAGCAAGAACUGGAGGCCUGUACGUUGGGUCCUGGAUAAAUGAUUCUACCUCUGGGGAUUAGGAUUACAAAGUGAGUGAGAUGG